AUGAGUCCAAAGAAGUGCCGCAGGGAUCUCCGCGAAUAUAAUAUUCCGCUAGCAACCUUGCUGAGCGAAGACGGGACUCGCACGUCUUCUCGUCGUGAGAUGGAAAUCAUUACGGAGAGGUUCUACUCGAACCUUUUCCGUUCAUCAGCUUCUGUGUCAAGCUCGAUCAUCCCCACCGGUGAAGCUCCACCACGGAUUCUCCCUUCGGAAGUACUAGUCGCUAUCAAGAGCAUGAAACCUGGCACAGACCCCGGACCUGAUUUUAUAUCAGCAGACUUUCUUCGGGCUGGUGGCCAUCCGCUUCAUGUAAUCUUAGCAGCGCACAAGACAUCCUACCUUCAAAAAGAAAGGAUCCCAGACCAGUGGAAGACCUCGCGAACCGUUCUUAUCCAUAAGAAAGGUGACCGAGAGGAGCUUCGGAAUUACCGUCCGAUAUGCUUGCUGAGCGUGUUAUACAAGGUAUUCACCAAGAUCAUCCUCACGCGCAUAUCUAGGACGCUGGAUAAAGCCCAGGCCCAAGAAAGUUGGAUACCGUCAGGAGUUCAGCUGCUUGCAUCACAUCCAGACCGUGUCGAUGUUAGCCGUGAAUACCGCCUGCCCCUUGUACUAACCUUCGUAGACUGUGAGAAGGCCGUUGACAGCGUACGAACGAAUGCAGUACCGUCAGCGUUGAUCGAUCAAGGUGUGGACGCGUCGUAUGUGAAGACAUUAGCCGAUCGAUGCACCACGAAGAAACAGAUUUUCCACCGCUCCCUUACCAUACCCAAUGGAAAGGAGGUACGACAAGGCGAUACUAUAUCGCCGAAGCUGUUCACAGCUGCAUUGCAAUUAAUAAUGAAAUCACUUUCUUAG